AUGAGAAAGAGAAAGGAGAAGAAGAAGAAUAGAAAGGAAGAAGAAGAAGAGAGAAAGAAGAAGAAGAGAAGAGAAGACAGGAGAAAGAGAAGAAGGAAGAGAAAAGAAGAAGAGAGAGAGAAAGAAAGAGGAGAAGAUAGAGAGAAAGAGAAGGAGAAAGAUAGAAGAGAGAAAAGAAAUGAAGAAGAGAAAAGAAGGAGAAGAGAUAGGGAAGAAGAGAAAAGAAGAGAGAAAGAGAAAGAAGAAGAAGGAAGAAGAGAAGAGAAAGGGAAAGAGGAUAGAGAAGAAAGAAAGGAAGAGAAAAGAGAGACAGAAGAGAAGAGAAAGAAGAAGAAGAGAGAAGAAAGAAAGAGAAGAGAAGAAGGAGAAAGAAGAAGGAGAAAGAAAGGGAGAAGAGAAAGGAAGAGGAAGAGAAGGAGAAAAGAGAAUGAAGAAGAGAGAAAGAAGAAGAAGAAAGAGAAAGAAGGAAAGAGAAGGAAGAAAAAGAAUAGAGAGAAAGAAGAAGAAGAAGAAGAGAAGAGAAAGAAGAAUAGAAGAAGAGAAGAGAAGAGAGAAGAAGAAAAAGAGAGAAUGGAGGGAAUAGAAAAGAGGAUAGAAUUAGAAGAGAGAAGACAGAGAAAGAGAAAAGAAAAGAAGAACAAGAAGAAGAGAGAAGAGGAGACAAGAGAUAAAAAGAAAGAAGGAGAAGGAGGAAAAGAGGAAUGA